CCGACAUUGCGCACCGCCACAGAUGUAUCUGCGGCAAUUGACUUCUGUGGCUGAACGUUCGAAGAGAUAGACGUUGGUUUGUGAUAUGGUGAAGUAGAGCAUACGCAAAGAUCAUACCAAGCCUCACCACCAUGCCACAAACCCUGCACAGAUUCGGCUUCAACUCAGAUGCGCCAACCCUCAAAAUUACCAGCCCGACACUUGUUGACAGCAGCACUCAAAUCAACAUCGUGUGGACAUCAUGGUGCGAUCUGAUCUACACAACUACCAAUGCUGACAAUACGCGCUCCAUAACCUAUACCGGAACAAGUCUCAACACCACUCAGCAGCAAGAAUUGACUUCCCUUACUUCCAACAUCAACCAAGCUCUCGCAAACCCAACAUGCCAACUAUAUUUCUUCGGGAACACCAUGUACGACGGUGUACGAGGCUAUAUUUGCGAUGGCAAGAUCACGGUCUUUGGUACACCCGCCGAGGAGGCUGCACUGAGGAGUCAGUACCAUGAUAUCGAAUUUUGGACUUUUCCACCACCUCUCGCUGAGAUCAGGAUGUGCAGCGACAACUCCCUCUUCCUCACUUCCAAACCCGAACCGUACGAAACAGGCAGCAUUAGCAAUGUUACAAACCUUCACGCCGUCAAAGCCCACUGCACCUGCACCACACCCAUAGACCAGCGCGCCUCUUUCGCCCCAACCCAACUCGUUACAAACGCAACAACAACCACAGCCCUCUCCCCCUCCGGUCUUGUCUACACACUUACAACCGACCCCCGAUACCCCUCCUGCCUAGGCCGUCCCUAUACAGGCACAUCUUCCUUCGAGCCUGUACCCUACCUCUCAGAAACACGCAUCACCAAGAUAGCAUCGGGAGGCUACAUGACCGCAGCCAUCAGCGAAGACGGGGAAUUGUUCUUGUGGGGUCAGGCAAACCCGGGCACAGCAGAGGAGUUGGGUGUGCUGCAUAGGCUAGACUAUGAUUCUGACGCUGCAAUGAAAAGAGAAACGGUCAUUUGGGGCGAUACUGUGCAGGACGAGAAUGUCAAGUGUCUCAACAUACACAUCGAUGGACGAGAUGCAAUAGCAUAUGACGUUGCCAUAGGGUUCGGCCACAUGCUUGUUGCUGCGAAAGGUGAGGAUGAGGAGCAUGUGGUGUUUUCCGCUGGGUGUGGGGCCGAGGGUCAGCUGGGUAUAGGCAGAGCUGAUGACUUUCUGCAGGAGUCUGAGGAAGUGGUGGCUGUGAGAGGCAAGCGCGUCAUACAGCUGGCAGCAGCAGGAUGGUCCAGCUUUGUGGUCACAGAAGAGUAAUCGAAGUGUAGGUAAAUGCUCAAAUUGAAGAGAUAGGCAAUUAGGAUAUC